UUUUUUCCUGUUCCUCCUCUUUUCCCUCCCUACCCUCCCAACCCUCAAUAGGCCCUUUAAGUAGGCACCACACCCACCCAGCAGUCAUUCUGCCUUCUCACCAUGGCUCACAUCGCCAAAUCUUUCUACGACCUCAGUGCUACCAGCCUGGAAGGGGAGAAGAUAGAUUUCAGCACUUUCCGGGGGCGGGCAGUGCUUAUCGAGAAUGUGGCCUCCCUCUGAGGCACGACCACCCGGGACUACACCCAGCUCAACGAGUUGCAGUGUCGCUUCCCGAGGCGCCUAGUAAUACUUGGCUUCCCCUGCAACCAGUUUGGGCAUCAGGAAAACUGUCAGAAUGAAGAGAUCCUGAACAGUCUCAAGUAUGUCCGCCCUGGGGCUGGCUUCCAGCCCAACUUUGUCCUUAUCCAAAAGUGUGAGGUGAAUGGGCAGAAUGAGCAUCCUGUUUUUGCCUACCUGAAGGACAAACUCCCCUACCCAGAUGACGACCCAUUCUCCCUUAUGACAGACCCCAAGCUCAUCAUGUGGAGUCCUGUGCGUCGCUCAGAUAUUGCCUGGAACUUUGAGAAGUUCCUAGUGGGGCCUGAGGGCGAGCCCUUCCGCCGAUAUAGCAGAUCUUUCCCUACCAUCAAUAUCGAACCAGACAUCAAGCGUCUCCUCAAAGUUGCCAUAUAGAUGAGCUACUCAGUAUACAUCCCCAUCUCCCCCUAUUCCAGCCUCAGAGUUCCCUUUUCCAGAGUCUAGCAUUCCUCUCAGGAUGCUAGACUCAGGAGAUGCCCAAGAUCAGUACCAUUAUUGGAACAUUCUUUCCUUUCUUGUCCACCUGUUCCCUUUUGGCUCCCCAAUGCUCCUAUGGGGAUGAGUCAGGACUCCAAAGUCUGGGUUGGCUCUUCACAGGAUGAUAGCAUCUUCUUAAACCCUUGAGGGAAGGUGCUUGAAAGUCGUGAAAAGCUUGAAUUCUAGACUAAGUGAAUCCAAUAAAGGUCAGGUGUGAAAAAUA